AUGGGACUACGCAGCUGUAACAGUCUUCCGCUUUCGAUUGUCUCUGCUGGCAGCGGCUGCGCUUCGUGCCUCUUGGAUCUGCCCCCCUUCGAGACUCCCUCCGCGAUCUCUGCGCUCGGUUUCCCUGUCGCAGUGCUGGGGCCGAUUCCAGAUAACGUGGUGUGGCCACUGGAGCUUGUAGGGAUGUUCAAGUCUAGCCCGUUGCGCUGCCCGUUGGAUCGCGAUUCGAACAUUCUUACGACCCUGCCAAACGAAAGCCAUGCCACAACAACCAAAUCAUGGCUCGCACAGGAAGAAUUCACCGUUUCGGACGUUUUUGCGCCACAAACUGGCGAGGACCCUGAUCGGGAGCACCACCCAGAUGAUAAUCAAGCAGAGGCUGAAACCGUUGUUCGUAAAGUCUCUGCGGGAUUUCGUCUAGGUCCCCCUGAAGUUAGUCUGGCGAGAAACCCCCCUGCGAGUCAGUCUGGUAAGAACAACGUGCCUGGUGAUGUCAGAUACCUGGAGGUGGAUAAGUUAGGCUCUCGCGGGAAGAGUAGGAAAAAGAAGAAGUUGCGACGCCCAGCUGAAGUCAGGUCUGAUGUGACCACUGUCCGUGGUUUUAAUGCCAAAACACUCGCCGAGGAUGAGUCAGAUUAUUCCAAUUCUGGCUCCAAGCCCUUUCCCCUAUGGCAGCCUCCACUUGUCAGUUGUGCAAAUAGUCCAGGCCUUCGACCUUCCUCCUCAAAUGGGGGCAUCAGUUCAUUGAAACUCCAGCUGGAUGCACUCAGUCUGUCGAAUAGCCGCCCAGAAUCUAGGGACACGAGCCAAUUUGGAUCCCAGACCCCGAGCUGUUCUAGUGUCAACUCAGACAGUGAUCAGACAACCAGCUAUGAGGUGCCUUUGGAGCAUGACUUUGUUAGCCCGGACGCUGGUGCUAUUCCUCCUGAUGCCACGGAAUUGCCAAAUGAGCAACAGUUGAGGGAUGCUCUCUAUCGAAAGAUGUCAGCUGCGGACUUUGAGCCGUUGUCAUGCCUUGGGAAAGGAACCUAUGGAACGGUUUUACUGGUCAAGCAUUCAGUAACCGGCACACUCUAUGCACAGAAACAGUUUCGCAAGGCCUCUCUUACAGUUCAUAAAAAGCUCGUGGAACAAACUAAAACGGAACGGGUGAUCUUGGAAAGUGUAAAUCGUCAUCCAUUUGUUGUCAAGCUCUACUACGCAUUCCAGGAUCAUGAAAAGCUCUAUCUAAUUUUGGAAUAUGCCCAAGGUGGUGAGCUAUUCACCCACCUGGCUAUGGAGCGCAUGUUCACCGAAGACGUGGCUUCAUUCUAUAUGGCUGAGCUAGUCUUAGCGCUGGAGCAUCUCCACCACAACGUUGGCGUCGUCUACCGUGACUUGAAACCUGAGAACUGCCUCUUGGAUGCCGAAGGCCAUCUUCUCCUAACCGAUUUCGGACUCAGCAAAGUUGCCGUUGACGGCGAUGAUCGAUGCAACUCAUCCCUUGGGACCGUCGAAUACAUGGCCCCUGAAGUCGUCCAGGGCAAGUCAUACGGCAAAGCCUGUGAUUGGUGGUCCCUAGGAGCCCUGGGUUUCGACCUUCUCACCGGCUCGCCACCUUUCAAGGCCAACAACCACGCGAAAAUCCAGGAAAAGAUUGUCAAACAGCAGCUUGUACUUCCAUACUUUCUGGGCCCAGAUGCGAAGGACCUCCUCACGCGCCUCUUACGUAAGGAUCCACACAAACGCCUUGGAUCCAACAUGCCCAAAGACAUGCAGACGAUCAGAAACCACCGCUUCUUCCGUAAGAUUGACUGGAAAGCACUUGAAAGACGCGAGUUAGAGCCGCCCAUUAAACCGCUCAUCACGGACCCAGCUUUGGCAGAGAAUUUUUCCACUGAUUUCACUGCCUUGCCGCUUAGUCCUGUUGUGACAAGAAAUGGGUUUGAUGAAUAUGAUCAUGAUGGGAAAGGGUGGCGUGGUGAUGGUGGCACGUCGUAUAGAGAUAUCCAUCGCCCUGGGAAUGCGGCUGCGGACGAUCCGUUUAGUGGGUUUAGUUUUGUGGCAUCCAGCAGCUUGCUCGAUAGUGGGUUAGGCAGGGUGAGGUAG